AUGGAUAUCGAUUUUGGUAUAUUUUCUGUUGUUCAUAUUAUUAUUCUUUCUGCUAAUAUAAUUUUUGCAUUAAUAUAUAUGAUUCCAAUUAUUUUUAUUCGUCGUUUUCAUCAACAUAAUAAUAUACUUACACUUAAUGUAUGUCUUGCAUCAAUAUGCUGUUGUCUUUCUUGGCUUCCUUUUCGUGCAUUACCGUUCAUGGAGUACCCUUUAGAUUUUAUUCAAAGUACUGGGAUUUAUUUAUACAUUACACAAACAAUAUUUACAAUUCAAGUACCAUUUAGUUUUGUAGCAACAUCAAUUCAUCGUUAUUGUUCUAUAGUUUAUCAUACGAAAAGUUUUUUCAGAACUAAACGAUGGAUUAUAUUAUGUAUUGGAUGUCAAUGGUUGUUAGCAUUUAUUUUAAUAAUGCCAAACUUAGUAUGUAUAAAAUUGCCUUGUGGUAGAUCAUUGUGGUUGUCUAUUUCUUAUUUUGUUGGUACUAUAAUAGUCUCUUCAAUGAUGUGUUUGAUUAUAAAUGCGCUUAUAUAUCAUUAUGUUCGAUCUUCAUCUCGUCGUAUUCAACCACAAGCUAUUUCCGGACAUAUUCAACAAACAAAAAUUAGUCGUCGUGAUAUGUUUUUAUUGAGACAUAUGAUCUUAAUGUUUUGUGUAUUUGUUGGAGGAUGGGCUCCUGUAUUUAUUAUGCCAAUUAUAAGUUAUUACAUACCUGUUCGUCCAAUAGUAUCUUCAAGUAUUACAGUCAUAUGUGAAGUUGCAUUAUUGAUUGAUAUAAUUGACUUAUUUCUGUACAAUCAUGAAUUAACAAAAUAUUUAAAAUAUUUAUGUUUACAAUGUUUUCAUUAG